UAUGAAAGGAAACCCGAAGAAGAAGAAGACGGAGGAGGAAUCAACCGGGCACACAUCCAUCCAUUACCUUACCAUUAGACGAGAUGAUGAGAGCGAGCUGAGGAAGAAGAGGAAGGAACAAGCCAGCCCCUCUCUCGCUUCCUCCCUCCCUCUCUCUCUCUAAAGCAGUUUGGGAGGGAAGCCAAGCCAGUUCCGCUCUGCUUCAGUUCAAACCCUAAUCCCCAUGGGCGCUGCUGCAUAGAUCUCUCGAGACCAGUCAGUCAGUCAAUUCACCCGUUUACGGACCGGAGGAAAUGGCGGCCGAGCUAGGGCAACAGACAGUGGACUUCUCCACUCUGGUGGGCCGAGCGGCGGAGGAGUCGUUUUUGUCGCUCAAGGAGCUCGUCGAGAAAUCCAAGUCCACCGAUCAAUCUGACACCGAGAAGAAGAUCAACCUUCUCAAAUACCUUUCCAGGACGCAGCAGCGGAUGCUUAAGCUCAACGUCCUAGCCAAGUGGUGCCAGCAGGUUCCACUUAUACAGUAUUGCCAGCAGCUUACAUCAACCCUAUCAAGUCAUGCUACAUGUUUUACUCAAGCCGCAGAUUCCUUGUUUUUCAUGCAUGAAGGUCUUCAGCAAGCACGUGCUCCUGCUUAUGACGUUCCAUCGGCUAUUCAGGUCCUUCUUACAGGAAAUUACCGGCGGCUGCCUAAAUGUAUCGAGGACGUAGGUGCUCAAGGUGUUCUGAAUCAUAAUGAGCAGAAACCAGUCUUAAAGAAGUUGGACACUCUUGUUCGAUCAAAGUUACUUGAAAUUUCAAUUCCGAAGGAAUUUUCUGGAGUCAAAGUAUCUGAUGGUGCAGUGUUACUUCGUGUGGAUGGAGAAUUCAAGGUUUUGGUUACUCUUGGUUAUCGUGGACACCUAUCUUUGUGGAGGAUAUUGCAUCUGGAGCUGCUCGUUGGUGAGAAAAGUGGACCCAUAAAGUUGGAGGAAUCACGUCGCCAUGUUCUUGGAGAUGAUUUGGAAAGACGAAUGGCCGCUGCAGAAAAUCCAUUUGCUACAUUGUACUCAGUUCUGAAUGAGCUCUGUGUAGCCCUGACCAUGGACACUGUUACAAGGCAGGUGCAAGGGCUUCGACGAGGCAGAUGGAAAGAUGCCAUUCGUUUUGAAUUUGUCAUGGAUGGCAACUCAAGCCUUGCAGGAAGUUCAAGUUCACAACUAAAUCAAGACGGAGAAGUCGAUUCAGCUAGUUUGCGAACUCCAGGUUUAAAAAUUAUGUAUUGGUUAGACUUUGGCAAGGGCUCUGGUGCAUCGGACCCUGCAUCAUGCCCUUCUAUCAAAAUCGAACCAGGGCCAGAUCUGCAGAUAAAAUGUCUCCACAGCACUUUCGUAUUGGAUCCAUUAACUGGAAAAGAAGCAGAGUUUUCUCUUGAUCAGAGUUGCAUUGAUGUGGAGAAAUUGCUGCUCAGAGCCAUAUUUUGUAAUAGGUAUACUCGCCUUCUUGAAAUUCAGAAGGAGCUGAGCAAAAAUAGUCAGAUCUGUCGAUCUGUGGGUGAUGUUAAACUGCAGCCUCUUGUGGGCGAGCUUGAUGUCAACUAUAAGAAGAAAGAUGGCAAGGUCAGCGCAAUGGAAUAUGAGGGACAAGAGGUGUUAUGUGUGCGUGCAUAUGGUUCAUCAUUUUUUGCUCUUGGGAUCAACAUAAGAAAUGGUCGUUUUCUUCUCCAAUCUUCUCAAAAUAUUCUUCCGCCUUCUUCACUGUCGGAGUGUGAAGAAGCUUUAAAUCAAGGAAGUAUGACUGCAGCAGAAGUUUUUAUAAGAUUGAGGACCAACAGUAUAUUGAAUCUAUUCUCAUCAACGGGCAGAUUUUUGGGCCUCAAGGUAUAUGAAGAUAAUUCUGCUGCAGUGAAAAUUCCCAAGAACGUUGCCACUGACUCGACUAUGUUGCUGCUGGGGUUUCCUGAUUGCGGAACUUCAUAUUUUCUUCUAAUGCAACUUGACAAAGAAUUUAAGCCCCAGUUUAAACUGCUAGAGACUCGGAGUAAUUUAUCUGGAAAAGCACCUUCCGGGGACAAUCAUGUUACCUGCAUUAAGAAAAUUGAUAUGGACGAGAUGCAGUUGCCGGAAGAUGAACUCAAUUUUGGCCUUCUGGAUUCAGGAAAGCUACAGAGUUUUUUGCCAAAUGCUGGAGGUCUUAAUCAGAGCACAGAACAUGGUCUUCUUUCUGAUGUAAGCCUUGAAGGUUCAGGGCUAGCUACAGUUGGCACCACAUCCAGUUUCUCUUCCGUUGUUGAUGAAGUGUUUGACCUCGAGAAAGGGACAUCUCUGCCUCCAUUCUCUGUUCAAAACUUCUCAUCAUCUUACAAUGCAUCUGCUUCUCAAUAUGGUUCAAACCCACCAAAUUUUCAGAGCAUGAAGACUGGAUCCCCUUCCCCUAAGUGGGAGGGAGGUAUGCAGGUAUCUCAAGUGAACAAGGUCUCAGGUGGGGGCAGAUUGUAUCCACCGAGCAAUAUGAGUGGCUCGGUUCGGUCUGUGACUUCCCUUUCUGCGGGCUCUGGAAGGCCCGCAUCUGCGAAGAGAAUAUCUACUUCAAAAUCUGAACAGGACCUGGCUUCUCUUAGAUCCCCCCAUUCUGCUGAAGUCGGUCCUUAUCCAUCUAUGGAUGAGGACCAGUUGAGAUUUCUGACCGAUUCUUCAAAAGAUACAUUAUCAGGGAAUAGAUCAUAUCGGAUGUUGUCUCCUCCUAGAACAACAGGCACUCGAUCUCCUGCUCCUAGUGGGAAGCUUAGUGGACCAAGAACUGCACCUAAUGGAUCUGCCCCUGGUUCUGUUAAAGCCCUGUCGUCAAGUCCAUGGGUUACUACUCCCAAAUGCAAAAUGUCAGCACCUGCAGCAGAUUCGGCCAUUCCACUUUGUGCAAGUCAAGAAAUUGUUCUGAAAGGCAAUAGGAUUUCAAGGAAGCGCACAGUUACUGAUAUGUUGGGUCUAAUUCCCUCUCUGCAAGUUCUAGAAGCUAAUACGGGGUUUCAUAAGAGAAGAAGGAUCUCAGAUAUAUCAUGCACUUGGACCCAACAGUCUUCAUCACAUUUGCUUGUUUCAACAGAAGCAGUGAGAACUUCUGGGUUCAGUUAUGGUUAUCUUUUAUCAGAAGCUAACAAAGGGAAUGUCCCAUCGAGCAUAUAUGUCUCGGCUCUCCUCCACGUGGUCAGGCACUGUUCACUUAGUAUAAAACAUGCGAGACUAACGAGCCAAAUGGAAGCACUGGACAUUCCUUAUGUCGAAGAAGUGGGCCUGAGGAAUGCUUCCUCUAAUGUAUGGUUUAGACUGCCUUUUACUAGAGGUGAUUCGUGGCAAUACAUCUGCCUCAGGCUCGGAAGACCUGGAACCAUGUACUGGGAUGUCAAGAUAAAUGACCAACACUUCAGAGAUUUGUGGGAACUUCAAAAGGGUAGCGGGAGCACUCCAUGGGGUUCAGGUGUUCGUAUUGCUAAUACAUCUGAUGUGGACUCUCAUAUCCGCUAUGAUGCUGAAGGAGUUGUUCUGAGUUAUCAGUCUGUUGAAGCUGAUAGUGUAAAGAAAUUGGUUGCUGAUAUUCAAAGGCUCUCUAAUGCUAGAAUGUUUGCCCUUGGAAUGCGAAAGUUGCUUGGCGUGAAAGCAGAUGACAAACAGGAAGAUAGCACAAAUGCUGAUAGUAAAUCACCAGUUGGAAGUAAAGGUGUUGAGACAAGUGAUAAGUUCUCGGAGCAGAUGAGGAGGGUUUUCAGGAUUGAGGCAGUUGGACUGAUGAGUUUAUGGUUUAGUUUCGGUUCUGGUUCUGGUUCUGGUGUUCUCGCUCGUUUUGUUGUUGAGUGGGAAUCAGGUAAAGAGGGCUGUACUAUGCAUGUUUCUCCCGACCAACUUUGGCCUCAUACAAAGUUUCUGGAAGACUUCAUAAAUGGAGGAGAAGUUGUAUCUCUCUUGGACUGCAUUCGCCUUACUGCAGGGCCUUUGCAUUCUCUUGCAGCUGCCACUCGACCUGCACGAGCUACUCCUGUCACAGCAGGCCCUGGGGUUGCAGCAGCUCUCUCUUCAAUGUCAAAACAGGGCCUUCUAUCAAGUAAUGUGAGCUCAAACAUUAAUCAAUCCACUGCCACUCCGGCAGGGAAUCCCAUGUUAUCUUCUGGUACGGCUCCUCCUCCGGGAAUUCAAAACCUUCAAGGGGCCGCAAUGUUGGCUGCAGCAGGACGCGGCGGACCUGGCAUUGUCCCUAGCUCACUGCUGCCGAUUGAUGUCUCUGUCGUGCUUCGGGGUCCUUACUGGAUAAGGAUUGUGUACCGUAAGAACUUUGCAGUAGAUAUGCGGUGCUUUGCAGGAGAUCAGGUUUGGUUGCAGCCAGCGACCCCGCCUAAGGGUGGGCCAUCUGUAGGGGGCUCUCUGCCUUGUCCUCAGUUUAGACCCUUCAUCAUGGAGCAUGUUGCCCAAGAAUUGAAUGGUAUAGAACCCAGUUUCACUGGUGGUCCACAGAAUGUGGUACCAGCUAAUUCAAAUGCUCCAAACAUGGGUUCAGGUCAACAGCUUUCUAUGGCCAAUGGGAAUAGAGUCAAUCUCAGUGCUGCUGCUGCUGCAAUUUCCCGGUCAGGACCCCAAGUUUCUUCCUUGAAUCGCGUGGGGCCUGCUCAUCCAGGAUCUCCGAAUUUAGGCGCAGUGGGCCCUGCAUUGCCGAUCCGCAGAUCCCCAGGCGCAGGGGUCCCACCACAUGUGAGGGGGGAGUUGAACACUGCCAUUAUUGGUCUUGGAGAUGAUGGGGGCUAUGGGGGUGGAUGGGUCCCUCUCGUCGCUCUCAAAAAGGUCCUACGUGGAAUUCUGAAGUACCUCGGAGUUCUAUGGCUGUUUGCUCAACUACCCGAUCUUCUGAAAGAGAUUCUCGGGUCGAUUCUGAAGGAUAAUGAAGGUGCUCUCCUGAAUUUGGACCAGGAGCAACCUGCCUUGCGUUUCUUCGUUGGGGGCUACGUGUUUGCUGUGAGUGUCCACAGAGUCCAACUCCUCCUCCAAGUUCUCAGCGUGAAACGCUUUCACCAGCAGCAGCAGCAGCAACAACAGCAGCAGCAGAACUCCUCUGCUGCUCAAGAUGAGCUCACACAAGCUGAGAUCGGUGAGAUCUGCGACUACUUCAGUCGGCGUGUUGCAUCGGAGCCGUAUGAUGCGUCUCGGGUCGCAUCAUUCAUCACUCUCCUCACCCUCCCAAUCUCUGUCCUGAGGGAGUUCUUGAAACUAAUAGCAUGGAAGAAGGGCCUAGUCCAGGCCCAAGGCGGAGAAAUAGCUCCUGCCCAAAAGCCCCGAAUCGAGCUAUGCCUUGAGAACCAUGCUGGUCUUACUGAUAAUGCAGAGAAUCCUUCUCUUUCCAAGAGCAAUAUCCACUAUGAUCGGCCACGCAGCUCUGUUGACUUUGCCCUGACUGUGGUGCUUGAUCCCGCCCACAUACCGCACAUCAAUGCCGCUGGUGGGGCUGCUUGGUUGCCCUACUGUGUCUCAGUGAGGCUCAGAUAUUCCUUCAUGGAAAAUGCCAGUGUGUCCUUCCUCAGGAUGGAAGGGUCCCACGGGGGACGAGCCUGCUGGCCAAGCAACGAGGAGUGGCAGAAGUGCAAGCAGCGGGUGGCUCGAACUGUCGAGGGGUUCUCUUCUGGAGGAGAUAUCACUCAGGGCAGGCUGAGAGGAGUUGCUGACAAUGUGCAGAGAACUCUUCAUCUGUGCCUACAAGGGCUGAGGGACGGCGGUGGGGCCACUGCUUCCUCAGGGGCAACGUAAUUUGGACAAAGUCACCAGGCAUUCCUUGGACUUCCAUGGAUGACUGAUCGCGUAACUUGGGUCGUGGCAAAUUGGCACUUGUUGCCGUGGGAACUGAAUGAUUGACGGCUACGACGGAUCCCGUCUCUCCCUCCCUGCUGGUGGAAGAAGGGGGUAAUCGGGGAACUUGAGACAAAAUGCUUAGGUGAGUCAGAGAGAGAGCCGCCUCUUGUUUUUCUGAGUAUCGGCAGUGGCGUGGGCUAACUAAGCUGGCACUGGCAGGCUCUCGAGGCACAGUGGAUUUUUCCUGGAGGGAAUGCUUAAGUAGGGAUGCUUUUGCUAUCGAUGCUGUGAUUCUGGGGGUGGUGAGUUUUCUUUGUACAGAUCACACCUACUGAUUGGACGGACAGUUUUGUACAAAGACUGUUUUUUAUUAGAUUUUGGCUCGGAAUAGAAAAUUUCCUAUUGUUCCGAUGUAGUUCAGUUCUAAUCAUCAAUUUUUAUGUA